AUUCCAUAUAUUUGCAUGUGCGCUUUACGAAAGAAAACAAUGUGCAUUAUUUUUGUAUUUUCUUUAAUUUUGAAUACUGGAUUAAGUUUAAACUUCUAAAAUGCCGCCCAUAUCACAGGAAGGUAAUUGUCUCAUUUACCGAGGCAGCAAUUUUCUCAAGCAGCGCCUUAUACUGUCUUGUCUUAGUGGAAGGCCUGUACAGAUAACACAAAUUCACAUUGAUGAUGAUACGGCUCCCGGUUUGCGUGAAUAUGAAAUAGGUCUAAUAAGAUUAUUGGAUAAGCUAACAAAUGGUACCAAAAUUGAACUCAAUCCCUCGGGCACCUCAGUUCUAUUUUCACCGGGUCUGUUGCAUGGUGGUGUGCUGCACCACGAUUGCUGCAUUCAACGUGGUAUAAGCUAUUAUUUGGAUGCGCUAAUAGCUCUUGGUCCAUUUUGUAAAAAUCCAAUAAAUGCAACUUUAAAAGGCAUAACAAAUAGUAAAGACUCGCCAUCAGUAGAUCACAUAAAAGGCUCAGCAAUUCCGGUUCUUAAACGAUUUUUAGUUGUGGAUGAAGGAUUAGAACUUAAAAUUGUCAAAAGAGGUGCAGCUCCUCUUGGCGGUGGUGAAGUUCAAUUCCGAUGCCCGGUACGUAAGAACUUUCGGUCUCUACAAUUUCAAUCCCAAGGCAUGGUAAAACGAAUUCGCGGUACCGUAUACGCAUGCAAAGUAUCACCUGCAAUGGCCAAUCGUACUGUAGAAGCGGCAAAAGGAGUGAUGUUAAAAUUCCUUCCCGACGUAUAUAUAUACACUGAUCAAAAUCGUGGUAAAAUGUCUGGUAAUUCACCAGGCUUUGGUAUUUGUUUGGUAGCGGAAACAACUGAUGACGUUUGUUAUGGCGCUGAGAGUAUCUCAAACAGCAAGGAAGACGGGAAAGAUCCUUCUGUACCUGAAGAUUUGGGACGCGAAGCUGCAAUGAAAUUGCUUGAUGAAAUUUACCGUGGAGGCUCAUGUGAUUCAUCGUAUCAAUGGCUUGUCACCCUAUUUAUGGCGUUGAGUCAGAAGAAUGUUUCGAAAUUUUUAACUGGCCCACUUUCUACUUAUACGAUACAUUUUCUACAAAAUUUGAGAGACUUCUUUUCAAUAACGUUUAAGCUAGAAAAUCCUGAAAACGAUGACGAAGAGGAUGCUUUGCCAGGCGCCCAAAAAGUUUUGAUGACAUGUGUAGGCAUCGGUUAUACGAACAUAAGUAAACGUGUCAAUUAAAUAAUUAUAGUCAAUAACUAAAAAUUAAAAAAAUUAUUGUUUAUA